AUGUCGGAUGGCUUUGGAAUACACGUUUCCCCCACGCCAUCACCAGUCAAAGGCAUUGGAGAAGAUAACGCAUCAGUCGAUUCGCAACGGCAACAGCAGCAACGGCAACAGCAGCAGCAAGAAGCCAACUUGUGGGGAAACUUGACGUGCGCCAUAAAGAACACUGCACAAUACGCCAGCCAUGAAUUUGAUCGAUUCAUCGAUGCUAUUGGGUUUAAGCAAUCUGACACUGAGACCAGCAACUCUACUCGUCAAAUACAGCUCGAUAAGACAAAGAAACCAACACCAGCAAUGGAGCCAAGACGAGCACCAUCAACAAUGAGCACUUUGGAUAAAUAUGAAUCAGCAGCAUCGUCUUUGAUACAAAGCAGGACCUCUUCCGAGAUCUCUUCAAGAGCACCACCAGCUGAGAAUACUCGAUCCAUGCCCAAAACUCGUUCUGCUACUCCAAUGGAUUCCACCAAACGGCAACGGCUUUUGGACCUGAAAUCUCAACUUGAUUACUUGUUGAGUCAUGAGGAUAUCGAACCCAGUAGCGAUCAUCAUGUCCGAUAUACCAAUGGAUCUCGACAUAGGAACCACCAUAGCAACACUAUCACAACAAUCCCCAAUGCUACCACCAUCACCAGCACUACCCAGAUCCCUAGUCACAAUGAUGAGAAUGAGCGAAUGGAUCGUUUGGAAAGAUCCAUCGAACGUAUUCAAGCACAGAUGCAUGAAAUGAUAUCAGCACACCAUAUCCAACCUCGUCCUCCACCUAAUACUUAUCGACUUAAUAACUCAUCUUUCACACAACCCAAAUUGACGACUCGGCAAUGGUCCCAUGAUUUACAACACGUACCAUCUAUCACACCAUCCACAGCAAAGCCAACAAUAGAAUCCUUGCCUUCUCCCACAAGUGAUGUCAAUUCGCCUAUUCCUCACACACAAGCGACCUCCCCCAACUUCAACGAGCAGCCAUCAUCCACCAAAGUCAACGCAUGGGCCACUUCGCCAAAGCCUAUCGCUCGUGCUACCUCGCCAAAGCCUAUUCCACGUGCUGUCUCACCCAAAGUCCACAAACCUUAUGCAUCACCUAUUCCACCACACAAUAUCAAUGGUGCCGUCAAGGUUCUUCCCUCUUCCACCUUUGUAAAGAGCGCAUAUCGUAAGCAAAGUACAAUACCCGAUGAGAAGCAUAUCAACACAAUGCAAAAGGUGGUGGAACAAAUCCCUAAUUACAAGUUACGUCGUGUCGAUAUGAUUCCUUCAGCUGAUGGCUCAUUGAAACCAAACCCAUUUUGGAUCGAAAUUUAUCAACCAAAGCGGCGAUAUCGGUCUAAACGUCCCUUGGAGACCACAGAACCCACAACCAGCAACGAAGACUCAUCAUCAUCUAAGCGUUUCCGAUCCUCCGUUCAAUGA